AUGUCGGCCGCCCACCCACUGGAAGAUCUGCGCAGAUUAAACAAGUCUCUUCUGGAACGCCUGACGAGAAAACAGGACGAGUUCAGGAAACAGAAUCCUGCGCACAGCGCUACACAGAGACGUGACACACUGAAGGUCUGGAACGCCCGUCCACAAGUGCACGGAGAGAAAUGUUCCUCCAUACAGCGGGAGCCCCCUGUGCUAGCCACAUGUGGUCUAUCCUCCGUUGCCAGAAAAGCUCUAUCUACUCCAAAGAGGACCUGUCGCAUGGAGUUCGUAGAUCCUCUAAGCUCCACAUUAUAUCAGACCGAUGUUUCCUCUUAUGAUCUCCGUCACAGUUCAUCGGAGAAGGUCAGCGCUGGUGAAGACGUAAUAAGAAUCGGAUCGCCUGUAAAGCGCCUGACUGCUGCCAGUUCUAUGGCGGAUUAUGUUCCUCCAGGCCCGGCAAGAGACCCACCUCCAUUCACCAGGCAGUACGUGGACCACUUAACGGAUAAAGGGAACAUGAGGGCAAAGGAGCCAAGAACUCCGAAAUCUAUUCUGAUCACACCAAACCGAACUCCCAAGAGAGAUCCUGGACGUGUGACUUUCCUGUCCGGCACCACAGCCCCUCAUAGUAACCAGUGGAUUGGGCGCCCCCUACUGGGCUAUGACUGGAUAGCAGGGCUGCUGGAAGUGAACUCCGGGGUCACCAAUAAAUCAGAGGAGUUCUUCUCCGACAUCCAGGAAUUCCGACAGGUCAACAAAGAAGAGUGCGUCCAUGAGUCCUUAUCCGGAGCCGGCCCAGAAGACUCCUCCGGAUCUGAGGAAGAGCUGGACGUCUCGCUGGACACUCACCAAUGUGUUUACUGCUACAGAGUCAACAGCCGCCUCUUCAUAUCACCCGUGGGGGCGGAGUCUGCCUGUCCGGUGUGUAAGAAGCGCCGGGGCAGGCGCCGCACAACAUUGGAUGAACCGGCUUAUAUCAGGGUCAGCAUCCCCAGAUCCACCCUGCUCCCUCCAUACAAGUACAGAGCUCAUCGGAGAAAAAGCUUCGACCCCACAGACACGCUGGCCCUGCCGUCACAUUGUCUAGCGGGAUGGGAAAAUGCCGUCCCGUCGUGCGGCCUCCAUGUCAGCAGCCUCGACCUGAAGACCGCCGCAGAACCCAGCGUGAUGACCACGGCGGCGUCUGCUAAUGUAACCGCAGACAGUGCGUCUUACUACGCGUCCAGGGCGAGGUCUGAGAAUCUGCUGAAUGUAUCCCGCUCCAUCACUUUCCAUCACAAUAAAGACAAAUAGUCCAAUUCUCAGGGAAGAAUCAGAACCA